AUGGACUUUCUGGAUUUAUUUUUGAUGAGACAAUGUUCGAUUUUCCAGCAAAAGUUCUUUCGGCAGUUACUGGAGUUCUUCAACUACCUCCAACAACACAAAUUAGAUCAAUACCCUCAAUUACUUCCCAACAACCACAUGUACUUGGCCAUGCUUAAAGGCUGGCAUUUGGCCAUGCCCUACGCUGGCAUUUGGCCAUGCUUAAAGGCUGGCACUUGGCCAUGCCCUACGCUGGCAUUGGUUAAUCAACCAACUUCUUUCGUAAUUUUCAAAAUGGCUGAGAAUUUGUAUGAAAAUGCUUCGAGUUUGGACAACGUUGUUGGGACGCAGUCUAGUCCUAGUGGAUCAGCAACAUCAAUUUAUGUUACCAAUCUGGUUGAUCAACUGCGUGAGGAACUUCGCUUGGAACGUGAGGAAAAUGCGAGACUUCGAAAGCGCAAUGUUAAACUUGAGGGUAUCAUAAGAAGUGGACAAGCUGUUCUCGGGACUGCUUUUGCUGCUAAAGGUAAACAAAGAAUGUAA